UUUUAUACAUUGUAAAUUGUCGAUAUAUAAUAUCUUCGAAUAAUCUUUCAUCAGAGAUAUUAUGAACAAAAAUUUACAAUGUAAUACUUAGUAAUACUGCUUUGUAUUUUGAAUUACUUUCUCAUAAAACAAAUUAUUUUCUAUUGCAGUAAUUCACGUAUGUACAAGUUACGUUAUGUAAACAUUUUUAAGAAUCAAAAUAAAUAACAAUAUUAUUAAGAACUCUCCAAUAAUUACGGCGGAAUUUAAGAUAUUUAAUAAAGUUAUUAAAUUCGUUUAAAAACAUUUCGAUUUCAACUACUUUUAAGCAAAUCUUGUACAGGCAUAACCUUAAACGCAUAACUUCAUAAUAUUGAUUACAUUUUGUUGCAAAGUACAAUAAAUGAGAAAAGAUGAGAAUUUUGUGUAGAAAUUUACUAAUGUCGUCGAAAACCUUUAUAUCGCCAAUUAAAAAAUCUCAAAACAACAUUAUUCAACGAAUGAUAAAUAAAUCUGCUUUAUGUUCGAAUUGUAUACAAAUUGCGAAUAGUAAAACGGAAGAGAGUAAAAAAAAAAAGAAAAAUAAUAUUAACGAUUACAUGAACAGUAUCAAUCCAAAAUCUAUAAACAAAAUUAUACAAAAUUAUUUAUCGUUACGUACGAGAGGAAAUUUAUAUCUAAUUAAUGCUGAAAUAGCCAAGCAAUUUGUUGAUUUUAUUAUAGACGAUUUAUUAAAGAAUGCAACUCAUGUAAUCGAAUUGAAUCCAGGUCUCGGUUAUUUGACAAAAGAACUAUUGAAAGCUGGUGUACCAUUUGUACAUAUGUAUGAAAAUGAAUCUGCUUUUAAUACUAUACUAGAGAAAUUGUGUCAGCAAUUUCCAAAACAGUUGUCUAAAAAAAAUGCGAAUCUUUUCGAUAUAGCGAAAAUGAUGUAUUCAGCCAGCUUUACCACUGGUGCAACAUCUUAUGUAUUUAAAUUAUUUGACAAUGUACAGAGGAAACAAUGGGAAGACACAAGUUGUAUGCAACUAGUUGGAAUAACAGACAAACGCGAAUUUAUAACUCACUUGAUAUUAAGCACAGUAUUUCAAACAUGCCUUAUGGCAUUUGGACGAACAAUUUUGUAUCUUGCAAUGAAACCAUCCGUAUGGAAAAAAUUUACAUGUUCAAGUUCAAGUAGGAUGACAUCUGCUUACGUUAUGUUUCAAAUAAUAUUUGAUUAUCAAAUGUUUGGAACAUUGGAUAGAAAAGCAUUCGUGCCAUGGAAAAGAAAGAUGGGCUUCCAAAAUAACGACAAGCAUAAAUUUUAUGAAGAAGACAGUAACUUUCUUUAUGUUGUUAAAUUAGAACCAAAGCCUGAUCUUUUAAAAACUCUUGGUGGAAAACAAGAUUUGAUAUACUUCUGGCAUUUUACUCGACGAAAUUUAUAUAAACUAAACAAUAGAGUGAUACCUACAUUAGAAAAAAUAAUACCAGGCUGUGGUUUGAGAUUAAUAGAAAAGAAUUUUAAUAUUUUUACUCAGUUUGAUGAUCUGACCCCACAUCAAAUUCUUGACCUCUUUCUAGAAUUUCGGUCGUGGCCGGAAUUCAAAGAAAGUAUAUUUGUAUUAGGUGCAACUGAUUCGCAAACAAUGUAUAAUACAGAUAUAUAUAAAUGAUAUAAUUUGCUGCUCGUAUAAUAUUUAUGUUCAUAUUUAUUAUAAUAUACUAAAAUAAAUUUUUCUACGAAAUGAUCGCAUUUUAAAUUAAUCAUUCUUAUAUGUAAGGUGUAUAUAUUUUUUAUCGUUUUUCACGCAAAAGAUGUAUUUAUAUAUGCAUUUAGCAAUAGUGGGAGAAAAACGUCAAUUCACCGCAUAUACUUAAUAGUGAUUGGUUGCUGAUUUUAAUACUUUUAUUGUGCUCAGCUAUGGUUGCCCUUGAAAUUUCAGGGUCAAGUGAGGUCAUUUAAAGAGACAUAGUACACUAAGCUGAGUCAUCUGUACAUCUGCAGUAAUAAUAAAUACUUGCAAAAACUUUAAUAACCUAUAUUCAAGAGAAUAAUAUUUUCUAUAGUUUUGUUUUAAAACUUGUAUACUACUUAGCUUGCAUAAAAUGAAGUGGCUAGUUUUAGGCAUUACAUUAACAAUAUGGAAUUAUAUAGUGUGUCAAGAUAUUGUAUUCCCAGAUAAUGAAGAAGUAUCUCAUGUUAGUGGCAAUAAUCAAAUGAUAACAGAACGUAUUCCAGUGUCUAUACCGGGGCAGUGUCCCGAAAAUAUGCUUCUUUAUCCUGGAGGAGGGAACAAAAGCUCAUGGGUAUGCGAUUGCAGACCUAGAUUUUUAUAUUUCCCUUUAAACGAUACUUGUUACGAAGCAUAUACACAAGGACCUUGUGCACCACAGAACUACGUGGUACUUCCUAAAAAUGAAGUUGUACCACAAUGCGUAAUAAAUCCAUGCAGAGUAGAGGGCUUAGUACCGUACAAUGGUACAUGUUACCCUCUAAGAACUGUAGGUGGUCCAUGUGCUCCUGAUGGAGUAUUAGGAGUAAACGAAACUAAUUUUGAAUUGGAAUGUGUACCAACGGAUAUUGCACCUUUUAUUAUAAUUCAAGCACCUAAAAGGCAGUGUCCUGCAGGAAGUCGCAGAAACAGCCUUGGAAUAUGCAGAGAAGUAAUUUGAAUCAUCACUGAUCAUUUACUCUUUCGGUCUGUUGAGUAUAAUAAACUUCAAUGUUUUGUUAUGAUUCUGAUAUAUUAUAAGAAUAUAUUACUUAUAUAUAUUUACAAAAUAUAUUUUAAACUAUAUUUAAGUUAAAUCAUUUUCAACAUGAAAUUUUAACUCUAUGUACAUUCAAUAAUUGUACAUAUACGUAAAUUGUAUACUUAUAAAAUUCGUAUCAUUAACAUUCAUUGUCUCAUCAAAAGCUAUUACAACUAACUAAAUGUGUGAUUAUUUUAUAUUUGAUUCUACUCUAAUAUACUAUAUACAAAGUACAGUAAAUAUAAUACAAUAAGAAUAUUUUAUAUCUAACCAUUGUUAGCAUUCUGUAAAUUAAACAACAAAUAUAUUAAACCUAUGUUACAAAAUAUAUGUUAAUGCUUGCUA